AUGCAGCGGAGCCGCUGCCCCGGAGGGCCCGGGCCGGCCGGUAAGGGGGCGGAGCUGGGGCGGCGGGCCGGGCCGGUCCCGGGCGCGGGGACGUUACCGGGCCCCGCUGUGCGCAGGACCCCCGGGAAGAGGCGGCUGCCCGGGGCCGCUCGGGACGGCGAGGCGGUGCGGAAGCGGCCCCGGAAGCGGAAGAAGGCCGGCGGGCCGCGGGCCGCGGCGGGGCAGCUCCCGGCCGGUCCCGACGAGCCCCGGCAGGCUGGGCAGCGGCCGGACACAGGUACCGGGACGGCCCCGGGGCCCGGCGGCAGCGGGGAGCCGCCUCCGCGCCCGGGGCCCCUCUCGAUGCCCGCAGACGGCGCGGCUGAGCCGGCGGAGGAGCGCGGGGAGCCGGCGGGACUGAGCCGCCGGCAGCGGCGGAACCGGCAGAAGCGGCUGCGGCAGCAGGAGCCGUCGGCGGCACCGGACGGGGAGCGGGGCUCCGGGCCGGGCCCCCCGGAGCCGCCGGGUCCCGCCGAGGCUCCGCCGGAGCCGCGCUCGGGCCGCGCGGCCGCGCUCCGUGCGCGGAUGGAGGAGCGGCUGCUCGGCGCCCGGUUCCGCUACCUGAACCAGCAGCUCUACACCGGCAGCAGCCGGGACGCGGCGCGGCUCUUCCGCGACGACCCCGCCGCUUUCCACCUCUACCACCGCGGCUUCGAGCGGCAGGUGCGGCGCUGGCCCGAGCGCCCGGUGCAGCGCAUCGUGCGCUACCUGCGCCGCCGCCCCGCAUCGCUGGUGGUGGCGGAUUUCGGCUGCGGGGACUGCACGCUGGCCGCCAGCGUCAAGAACCAGGUGCACUGCUUCGACCUGGUGCCGCUGAGCCCGCGGGUCACCGUCUGUGACAUGGCCAAGGUGCCGCUGGCGGCUGAGGCGGUGGACGUGGCCGUGUUCUGCCUGGCGCUGAUGGGCACCAACCUGCAGGAGAUCCUGGCAGAGGCCAACCGUGUGCUCAAGCCCGGGGGGACCCUGCUGGUGGCCGAGGUGGCCAGCCGCUUCGAGGACACCCGUGCCUUCCUGAGGGCCAUGACACAGCUGGGCUUCAAGACCGUCUCCAAGGACCUCUCCAGUUCCUAUUUCUACCUGUUGGAGUUCACCAAGACGGGCCCGGCCCGGCCCGGCCCCGCUCCCGGGCUGCGCCUGCGGCCGUGUCUGUACAAGCGCCGGUGACCGGGGCGCCGCCGGGGG